AUGGAAAAAUUGCCGAACGAAAUUUUAUUGUGUCUCUUUGAAAACUACACACGAGCUUACGAUCUUUUCGACUGUUAUUGUAAUUUGAACACUCGAAUCAAUGAUUUAAUCAAACAUGCUCGAUUACAGAUUGAUCUGUCAAUAUCGUCCACUUCAAUCCAUGAGAUAAAUUUGUUAAUUUCAACUAUAUCUCAUUCACCUGAACAAUUGCAUUCAUUGCAACUAUCCGAUAGGUAUUUUUAUUCGCAAACGACAAUAUUUUUCAAAGCAAUUGAUUUAGAGAACUGUUUAAACAUACGUACAUUGAUAUUAUUAAAACCAAAACUGACGAGCCUUCUAGAUAAAAUAUUGUUAAAAUUGGAAAAUUUACCACACUUAGAAACAUUCUCAAUUGAUAUAAGUAAUCGUUAUAAUGCAUUUCCAUUCAUACAGACACUAUUUAACAUUGUAUUGAAUAAAUUAUUCUUAAAAAAAUGUCGAUUAAUUUUCGGACAUUUAUCCUCGUCAAUACUGUUUACUAAUUAUCGAUGUCAGACAUUAGAAUAUUUGUCGAUUUCUCUUUAUUCAUUGUAUGAUUUAACCCAAUUAGUUUAUCAAAUUCCAAAUAUUAAAUAUUUGGACGUGAAAUUGACGGUGGUGGAAACAGCAGGCAUUUUGUGGAACAACAACGACUCAUCACUAUCAUCAUUUGCUGGUACCAUACCAAACCUAACGUCUUUUAAACUAUUUAUGAUUUGUGUACCAUUUAAUGAAGUUGAACGAUUAUUGAUAAAUCAUCAAAAUUUGAAACGUUUGUCAUUUACAAGCUAUGUCUGUAUGAAUAAUGAAUGUAUGAGUGGUAAUAAAUGGCAUGAGAUUGUUUCAACAUUGCCCAAACUUCAAAGUUUUCAAUUAGAUAUACAAAGAGAAAAAGCUGAUCUUGAUUAUGUUAGAACUGUUCAGUUACCGUCAUUUUCAACAAAUUUUUGGAUCGAUCGAAAUGUAUACGUCUCUUAUUAUUACAUACGUGUAUCAGAAGUUGUUUGUUUUCAUACUUUGCCUUAUUUUAACAAAAAAUUGCAUCUGUCAUUGAACGAUUUUGAUUUUGGUUCGACAAUGCAAAGCGCCAAACCGAUUGAGACAUAUGAAUCUGUUAAUCAUUUACAAUUAACCGCUAUCCCUCAUCCAAAUGCUCAUCGUUUAAUACUUCCUGAUUCCUUUCCAGCAUAUGUCUACAAAAAUCUCAACUCGGUCACCUUCUGUCUUCAGGCUCAAAUUACAUGUACACAACCGUUGCUCGAUUAUAUAAAAAAUGUAUUUGAUUCGAGUCGAUCAUCAAUCACAUGUGUGGCUUUAUGUCAAAAAUAUCAUGGCUAUCUGAUUGAUCCAAAUUGGUUGAUAACAAUAUUAAACUGUGGUACCCACAUUAAUACAUUGAGGAUGCAAUUUUUUGAACUGAAUACGAUAAUCAAUCAACUUUCUCACAACAAUGACUUACGUUUAAAAUUAAACAAAAUGAUUCGGCAUUUAAAUUUGAAUGCUACUUAUUUACCGACCAAUUCAAUUUGUCUUGAACAAUUUUGUUCAAUAUUUUCAAAUUUGCGAUCACUUGUCAAUAUUAGGGUGCGAACAAUUGCUGAUUGCUUAGUCAUUUUACAAACAGUCAUUACUGAAAUGACACAAUUAAAACAUUUCAAAAUCCAAUUAGAUUCAGAAUCAGUGACAUUCGAUCAUUUAGAUCCAGAACCCGAAAUAAAAACAUUCACUCAGAUCGAUAUUAAAGAGACGUUAGAGAAAACACUUCAGGAUACGAAUAGACAAUUUUCCGCAAUUUUUACUGCUAAUUUUUUAUAUAUUAAUCUUUGUAUGAUUCAUUAA